AUGGCCUCCCUCGCCUUCGGCCAAGCCCACGGCGUCGUGGUUGGCCUCAAAUCAGUUUCAGACGUGAAACCGCGUCGCAUUCACGGGCUCCCAAAGCGUGAAUGGGACAAUGUUCGCGGCGACUCACCAGAGCUCGGUGGCUACUGUACUCACGGCUCAAUUCUUUUCCCAACAUGGCACCGCCCCUACUUGGCCAUGAUGGAGCAAAGCAUCUACAACACCGUGCAACAAAUUGCCGCGCAGUUCGACGAUCCCAAGUACCGCCUGGCAGCUGACAAAUUCCGGCUCCCGUACUGGGACUACUUCCAUCCCCGCGAGCAGAAGAACACCGUCUUCCCCGGCAUCGGUCCAGGCGGGAAAACAUCCUUCCCCUACGACUUCCGCCUGCCUUCCGUCCUGAAAGAGGCGCAAUUGAUGGUCUACAGGCCCAAGACCCAGGAGCCCAACGACGAGAAGUGCCUGGUGCCCAUGGACAACCCGCUCAAGACCUUCAAUUUCCCCACCAAAAACAGCAUCACCACCGACGAGUGGCAAGUCAUGGAGCGAGAAGCAGCCGCCAAGGCCGAAGGCGGACGCAGCGACACCGUCUCGCAAACCCACACCGUACGGCAUUCCCGCCCCGGCGGCGACCGCGAGGUCGACGACUUCGAAGCGCUCGACGUGGCGCUGAACAAAGACCGCGAGGCGGAGCUGCGCGUCAUGCUCGACCUGAUCGAGGCGGCGCCGUACGCCGACUACCGCAACUUCGCCACGUCGGCGCUGCAGAGGGACAUGCGGAACCCGACGAACGGGUCGCUGGAGGACUUCCACGGGUCGUACCAUGUCAACAUCGGCGGCGCCGGGCACAUGUCGCGGAUCCCGGUGGCGGCGUUUGAUCCGGUGUUUUGGCUGCAUCACUGCAACAUCGACCGCGUCUUCGCCAUCUGGCAAGCCCUCCACGACGACUUCAUCACCGACCGCGCACCCGCUGCGGGCAUCCCCAACGCCUUCACGAACCUCUACCCCUUCCGCCGCGCCAUCGUCAACGGCGAGGAGCACUUCUGGAACAGCAGCGACGCCCGCGACCACCGCCAAUUCGGCUACACCUACCCGGACAUCGAAGUCGGCGGCAACAAGCAAGUCAUCCUCGCCAACUUCGACGCCAACUACCGCUGGAGCCUGCAGCGCCAGCAGCGCGGCUACGGUGGUGGCCUCGCCAACAUCCCUGAAGCUAUGCGGCCCAAGGAUGUGAGAGCUGCGCAAGUGUUCCGCUACUCCGGCUCGGGCUUCUUGCCCGUCAGGAUGGUCGAGCAGCAGCCCGUCGUGACGACGGCGACGCACAAGAAGAGCGAUAGUGCCACGUACAGCAGCAGCACUACCUACGAGAGUAGCAGCACUUACGGGACCAACACGCCCAAGACCGAGUAUACCAGCGGAAGCCGCGAAACCAAGACCAGUAGCUACGGUGGUGGUGGCGCCCCACGCUGUUCCAGUUGCGGCGGUGGUGGCGGAGGUGGUGGUGGCGGAGGCUACAGCUCCGGUGGUUAUGGCGGCCAAACUGGCGGCUAUAGCGGGGGCGCACAGCCUCAGACCGGCGGAGGCUCGCACCACUGUUCCAGCUGCGGCAGCAGCAUGCCGAAGCCUGGUGGUGGUGGCGACUACAGCGGGCCCGUCAAGCCUCCUGGCGACUACGGUGGCCAUGUACCUCCUCGACCUGGCGACUACGCACCGCCGAGGCCUGGAGAUUACGGCGGCGGAGGAGGAGGAGGAGGAGGUGGUGGUGGUGGUGGGCCUGGACCUGGUUCCUACAGCGGUGGUGGGGGACCCAGACCUGGCGACUAUGGUGGCGGAACAAAGCCGGGCGACUACGGUGGAUCUCAGCCUCAACCAAGCAGCUACGGCGGUGGCCAACCACAACCCAGCAGCUAUGGUGGUGGUCAGCCUCAGCCCGGCAAUUAUGGUGGUAGCCAGCCUCAGCCUGGCAGUUACGGUGGCAACGUGCCCAAGCCCGGAGACUACAGCGGUGGACCCAAACCAGGCGAUUAUGGCAGCAACGUGCCCAAGCCCAGCAGCUACGGCGGCGGUGGGGUACCCAAGCCCGGAGACUACGGCACUAACGUACCCAAGCCCGGCGAUUAUGCUGGUGGUGGUGGUGGAACCAGGCCAGGCGACUUCAAGCCCGGCAGUACCGUACACUGCUCCAGCUGCGGCAACAAAGUCAACUGUCCCAGCUGCGGCACCAAUGUCUACUGCAAAGAAUGCAGCAGCACCACGCGCUGCACCACUUGUGGCAGCAACGACCACGGCUCGCGUUGUAGCAGCUGCGGUAGCAACGCCCAUUGCAACCACCGGUGUGGUAGCAGCGGCAGCGGCGGCGGCGGCGGCCACCACCAUGGAGGCCACGAGGCUAGCGGCGGGCAUCAUCAUCACGGUGGCGGCCAUGAGAGCGGGGGCGGCACUUACAGUGGUGGUGGUAGCGGCGGCGGCAGCAGCACGCACUGUGGCAAGUGCGGCAGCAACACCCACCGGACCGAGGGCUGCGGCACCGGCGGCGGCAGCGAUCAGCCCAGACCCGGUGGUGGUGGCUACAGCGGCCACGGGGGACACGGGGGACAUGGCGGACAUGGCGGACAUGGCGGACACCACGGUGGACACCAGCCCCAGCCCGGCAGCAGCCAUGGCGGAUAUGGAGGAGGCGGCAGCCUGCCUCAACCCGGCAGCGGCUACGGAGGAGGAGGAGGAGGAUACGGGGGCACCAACCAACCGACGCCUGGCAGCUACAGUGGUGGCGGCGGGUACGACAGCCACGGCAGCCAGAACCGCGGCUUCCAGCCCAGCGGUGGAUCGGAGAGUCAGAACAUGGGCUUCCAAGGCGGCCAUGGCGAAAGCCAGAACAUGGGCUUCCAGGGCGGCAGCUACGACGAAAGCCAGAACCGCGGCUUCAACGAUGGCGGCCACCACCACCACCACGGUGGCGGCGCCGGCUUUGGCCACUACGAUGGCAAUACCCCUCAGAACACCGGCUUCCAGCCGCAACAGCACGGCCCGGAGCACGUGCCGUCGUUCCGCCGCGGGGACGAGAUCCUGUGCAACGAGCCGCCGGGCAGCCGGCUGGUGUUGCAGUGGUAUAUCGAUUCCGAAGUGAACAAAGACGCCCUCAACGGCGCCUUCACCAUCUACUUCUUCGUCGGCGCCACCCGAGACAUUCCCGUCAACGCCUCCGAAUGGCAGUCGUCGCCGCUGCUGGCGGGGCUGACGCACAUCUUCUCGGCGCCGCGCGAGGCGUGCGACAACUGCGCGCUGCAGUCGGCCGAGGGGCUGAAAGUGACGGGCACGUCGGCCAUCACGCCCAUCUUGCUGGACUACAUCGAGCAGCAGUCGGGUUGGGGGGCAGGAGGAGGAGGAGGAGGAGUCCAGCAGCAGCAGGGUAAUUUGCAGAGUCUGAGUCCGAAUGAUGUGGUGCCGUUUUUGCAGAGGAUGAUGGUUUGGAGGGUUGCGGAUGCCAACCGGAAACAAGCGCAGCCGGCGCAGGUGGCGGGCUUGCGCAUCUCGGUCAGUGCUACCAUCUCCGUCGUGCGGCCUGACUCGACCAUUCCGCAGUUCAGAGAGGCCAUGAAUUUCCCGGAGAUCACUGCCGGUCACCAGUCGGGAGAUCCAGCUGCUUGGUAG